AUGCAUCGCCAAACCAAUUCGCUCAAGCACCUGAAGUUUCUUUCCCAAAAAAUGUCUGUGGCACGGACACUGACGACCUUGUCCGUCCGGCGGGGCGAGCGCGAGCUCGUGGCGCCGGCGAGGCCCACGCCCUACGAGUUCAAGGUGCUCUCCGACAUCGACGACCAGGAGGUCCUCCGUUUCUACCGCUCCGGCGCUUUCUUCUACCGCGGCGACGCCUCCAAGUCCGGCAUUGACCCGGCGAAGGCCAUCAAGUCGGCUAUCUCGGAGGCGCUCGUGCACUACUACCCUCUCGCCGGCCGGUUCCGGGAGCUCCAGCCGACGAGGAAGCUCGUGGUCGAGUGCACGGGCGAGGGCGUCGUGUUCGUCGAGGCGGACGCCAACGUCCGGAUGGAAGACUUUGGAGACUCAGUGGCGCCGCCGGUGCCGUGUUACGAUGAGCUGUUGCCCGAGCAGGAGAGCGCGACCGCCGUUGUCGUCGACCGGCCUUUGCUCUUUGCUCAGGUGACGCGGCUGACGUGCGGCGGCUUCGUCUUCGGGUUCCAGAUAUGCCACUGCAUCGCCGACGGCCCGGGGAUCGUGCAGUUCCUGACGGCGCUGACGGAGUUCACCCGCGGCGUGCCGGGCGCGCCGACCCUGUGCCGGAGGCCCCUCGGCGAGGCGCUGCGGCUGCUGCUGGAGGCCAAGGCACGGGCGGAGCAGGAAGGGUACGUGCAGUCGGUGGCCGGCUUCAACGCGGCGCACAGGAGGCCGGCGUUCCCCAAGGCCCGGACGUACCUCAUCUCGGACAUGACCCAGGGGGGGAUGAUGGCGGUGGACUUCGGGUGGGGCACGCCGGUGUACGGAGGCCCGGCGACGAUCAUUCUGGCCACGUUCCAUCUGGAGGGGAGGAACGAGGCCGGUGAGGCAGGCGUCAACGUGCCGACGAGGUUGCCGGUGCUGGCGCUGGAGCGGCUGAAGGUGGAGGUGAGCAAGGGGCUCAUUACGGUCAGCGGUGGGACUGUCAGUGAACCUGAUGCGGACAAGAACAAGUCAGCCUUGGUUUCUGGUCACACUCUCGCAAAGCUGUAG